CCCGCCGCCUUUUCCCCGCCGCCGCCGCCGCCCGCCCGCCCCGCGCAGCCCUGCGGAGCUCGGGGCGGCGGCGCCGGGGCCGCCGGCCAUGGCCGUGCCAGCCGCGCUGCUCAGCCCCCACCACCUCCUCUCCUUCUGCUUCCCCGCCGGCGGCGGGCUCCUGGGCUAUGCCGACCUGGAGAAGGGCUACGAGGGCGGCGGCGCGGGCGAGGCGGGGGACUUUAAAGAAGCCACCAGGGACCUGCUGAGCUUCAUCGACUCGGCCUCCAGCAACAUCAAGCUGGCGCUGGACAAGCCGGUGAAGUCCAAGCGGAAGGUGAACCAUCGCAAGUACCUGCAGAAGCAGAUCAAGCGCUGCACCGGCAUCAUCGCCGCUCCCCCGCCGCCGCCGCCGCCCGCCCCGCCGCCGCCCGCCGCCGCCGCCGCCGCCUCCUCCUCCUCCUCCCCGCCCGCCGCCUGCCCCGCCAAGCCCCCGCCGCGCCGGGAGGCCUCGCAGGCGGCCAGCAGCCUCCAGAGCAAGAGCCUGGCGGCCCUCUUCGGCUCCCUGCAGCAGGGCCGGGGGCCGGCGGGCGGCGGCGGAGGAGAGGCGGCGGGCGGCGGGGCGGCGAGCGGCGGCGGCGGCGGCGGCGGCGGGGGGGGAGCGGCGGCGGGCGGCCCGCGGAAGGUGCCGCUGCGGGACCGCAACCUGCCGCCCUCCUUCUUCACGGAGCCGGCGCUGCCCGCCGCCGCCCGCGGGCCGCCGCCGGGGGCCAAGGAGCUGGAGAAGGGCGGCGGCGGCGGCGGCGGGGCGGAGGCGACCGAGUUCUUCGAGCUGCUGGGCCCCGAGUACGGCGCGCUGCUGCCCGAGCACGCCGCCCCGCCGGACGCCUUCCCCGGCGGCGGGGCCGCCGCCCGCCUGCCCGCCGAGCUGGGCCUGGAGCACGGCCUCUACGAAGCGCCGCUGCCUCUGCCCGCCGCCCACCACCACCCGCUGCUGGGCGGGCUGCUCUACCCCGAGCCGCCCUGGAGCCCGGCCGGGCCCUGCAGCCCCCCGAAGAAGGCGCCGGCCGAGGCGCUGCGCCCGCUCUACCCCGGCGGCGGGGAGCCGGCCCCCGGCGGCGGCGGCGGCGAGGAGCCCGGCGGGCACUUGUCGCCGGGGUUCGCCCCCUUCUUCCCCGAGUGCCCGCUGCCCCCGCCGCAGGUGGCCUACGACUACAGCGCCGGCUACCACCGCCCGGCCUACCCCGGCCUGUAGGGCCGCGCCGGAGGGCUCGGCGAACCGCCCCGGCCCCGCAGCGCUCCGCCCGGGACGAUGAAAUGGCGGCGGGGGGCCGGGAGAGGCCACCCGCGGGGACCCGACGGGCG